AUGCUCGGUCGACUCUUGAGUACCGCCGCGUCGACUCUAAACCCCGCAGCGUACUCAACACGCAACAAUGGAACACCCCUCGAGUCCGUCACUGAAGAGGAACAUACUUCUGGCCUUCUUUUCCCCGAUGCCAGCCUCCUCCGACGUUCCCAUACGCAUGCCUACCCUUUGCAAACAACGUUCAAUUCUCUGAACGCCUCAACCGCCGGAGCCUACGACGACCGUGGUGGACUAGAGCUAGAUGCUAUCAAGGAUUUCCGGGUAAUCGUUGCACAGAAUGCAUUGGGCGACCGUGAUGCCUGUGUCUUACUUGACACUCGUGCAUCCGAUUCCCCCGCCGGCCUCGGAAAUGAUCCACAAGGCAAUGAUCAGUCUGGGCCUAGACAUACACGUGCAGUAUCUAGUCUCUCUCGUGGAACACGUCGCAAUAUUUUCAACCAAUCUUCUGUCGUUGAAUCAAGCCCUCUCUCUGUUGCUGCAGAUGCACGGAGGUCAUCACCAGCAGGUCCCGGUGCUUUUUCCCGGGCCCGAGGUCGGAGCUCAACGCUGGCACCAUCGGCCACAAUGCAAGACACAGGUCAUUCUCGACAUUCCCCCGACUCAAAUGAUACUGGCCUUUUGAAUUGCAUCUUCGGUAGCAGUGCCUUCAGCUACCGGGGGUCGUCUACCAAAAUGCACAUCAUUUCCGCCGAUGACGAUACAGGACCGGGCAUCAAUGCCUCAUCACCUGCUGCUCGUAGUCCACUCUCUCGUGCCUAUACCACAGGCAGCCCAACAGGCCUGAUGGGAGGUAGAGGAGUCGACAAUAAGCCACCUGCCAAAGUCACUGUCCUCUUGACUCGCAUGUUCAGUGUGAAUCUCCCCGAAGGAGCUGAGGCAUCAGCUGAGCGACAGGACUAUGCAAGUGCUCUGUACCAGGAAUCUUUGCCUGAAAUGGGUGGCUUCCCCUUCCCGGAUGUCUCCAAGCGCAAAAAAAUCAAAGAAAAGAAGACACCCAUGUACGCUGUUGCCAUUACAAUCCAGAUUCCUUUACUGGCACGCAAUCCUGGACGACCCGUUUCCAGAUUUAGCACGCUUGGCCCUGAUUCCCCUCGACCGGGCUUUUCAAGCUCGCUGGACUCUGAUCACCGCUGGCCAGGUGGGUUCUUUGACGACAGCUUGUCUGCAGCAUCUCCACCUGCUAGUCUGGAUGAGCGCCUGGACUUGCUCGUUGAUCAUUGGGAUGUCAUCACUCGUACGCUCUCUCAUCUUGAAAGGCUUGCUCGGAACGAAGUACUUUUCCUCCUGAAGAAGGUGGACUCCUUGUCGGGACCUCACCCCAAACCUGCCAAACCUCCUAAUAUGCAGCGGACUAACCAGACAAUUGUUCACCUUCCCGCCAACAUUCUAUCUGUCAAUUCCAAACUUAAGGAUGAGGCUAUACGCAGCUCUCGUCGGAUCAGCCUGGCUCUUCAAACUCCUUAUGUGGUCACUGGACAAAGUCGCUGGGGCGUCUGGCGAGAGGAAGGCCGUUCAAUCGUCCGUGGAUUGGGCGAUAAAGAGCAGAAUUUCUUCUUCCUGGUAAUUCUCACGGCUUUCUUGGGAAAUCACACUGAAUGGCUCAAUACCCUUGGGCCAGAAUGGUAUCGCCGGCGCCAUAACAUGCAACAAAAGUCCCAGCAAGAUGGUGAACCCAUCCUUGCAAACAGAACAGUCAUUGUCUGUCCAGACAAGAUGACUGCUCGUCGCCUUGUCUUCUUGCUUUCCGCAUUUUUGCCAUCCAAGCAACGCUUGGAACCAUUACCCUCGCCGCUCAGACCCGGUACAUCCACUUCAAUGCGAGCCAUCUCCCAAAGUCCACCUACAGUUCCUGUACUCCGCCAGGAGUCCCUUCGCCGAGCAAUUGAAAGACGAGCUCGGGCAAAUCGAUUGAACAUGGGCGAAGUUGAUUAUCAUCGACGUUCAGUGAGUGUUUCGUCACAAGAUACAGCUCAUCGGUCGUCUGAUGGUGCCGACAUCACUCCCCCUGCGGAACCCUCCACAGCCUUCGCCCGCAGAGGAUCUGAUGCUCGUUCUAUCAGGACCGUCGGUGUAAAGAAUGUCCCGAAGGAUCCUCGAGCUAAGAACACAAGCGGUGCAACUAUCUCGAUGAUCACUCAAAGCAGCACUGUUCCUGUUCCCCACUUCACAUCCCAGCCAAGCAACUCAAACCAACUUGCCGCGGCUGCAGGCAAUGACAGUCUUGCAUCAGAGACCCUAUUGAAGAACCUCCAGAGAAGCGACAGCUCUGUUUUGACCUCGAACGGCAGUCUUCCGUCAGCUGGAGGUCGCUGGGGAGGUAUCUUUUCCGGUCUUUGGAGCUCUCGACAAGAGUCAUCCACCGAAAGCAGCGAGCCCUAUUCACCAACUGAUCGCCGGAGAUCUGUCUCCACAAUGGCCGGCCCCGCUGUGCGUGGCUCUACUACUUUGAGCCAAAUGGUCAAAGAAGUCACCGAGGAUGAAAAUGAACAACGGCUCAAGAAUAUGACCAGUGGAAACAUCUCUAUCCCUGCUGUUGCCGCCCACAGCGAUGAAGCCGGAUUGCCAGAACCCUCAUCCCUGACUAGCCAAGUUCGUGAAUCACCCUUGAAGAUGUCAGUCCAUGCCGAAGAAGGCGUGAUAGACAUUGAUCUCCCUCUUCCAGGAUUCAUGUCGCUGUCUUCCUCCGGCGAUUCUACCAUUGCUUCACCGAAGAAGACACGCACGUCAGUUACCAGCAUGGAUGCAAUUGCGUCUACUCACAGCAGCGGCUCUGGAUUCCACAAUGUUGGAAAAGACAAUGAUGGUCCCGGUGCCCAUGUGGCUGGCUGGCUGAAGCAGUUCCACGAAGAUUUCUCGCUUCAGGCAGUCCGACCUUAUGCCCUCCUUGAAGCAGAGAUCAAGCAGGCCAUGCGGGCCGAACCAUCUCCACACAUCCCCUCCACCCCCGAUGUGGAUGGAUCAGAGAGAUGGGUCGAUGUCGCCACGACCUUGAUCGCAGACACCAGGGCUUCAACAGUGAAGCGAAUUCGCUUGAGACGCAAGAUCAUUGUGGGUCACGACUCGCCCACCCAUUCCCCCGUUUCACCGGCCAAUGGGCUUUCCUCGGGUACCGCCUGCAACACCGGUGAAUCUCGCUCUUCACAUAUACCUGGUUUUUUCAACGGACCAGAUAAAAUUCCCGCCAGUUCAGCACCCGAAGAGCAUGAUCACAACUACGUGGAAGAACGAUUUAUCGAGGAACCUGUUAUGGAUCUUGACGGAGUUCUUGUUGAUGCUGUCGAGCGUGUGUUAGGACAGAGCGGUCACUCGUCUUUGGCCCAUUCGCGUGCUCCGUCUCCCACUCGCUCUCGCAAAACCGAAGACCAUAAAGCUCCCCCACGAACUGAUGAAGCCCCACCUCUCGAAGUUCCCCGUAGCGAGUGCCGCAAAAUGGUACUAGGGGCUCUGGAAGAAGUUGUUCGCAUCGUUACUGCUGAGCAUUGUCGUGAAGACGUGGAUAGCACCUUGGGACUUGCUGAUCGUGAGCGAAGAAGAGCACUAGCGGGUGCAGACAAUACAUUGCGUGAAGGAAUUCGCAAAUGGCUCCUUGACGUCGAAGAAGCCUGGUGA